AUGGCCAAAUUAGCCCCGCCAUUCACCCUCGUUCCGGUCAAUCUGGCCGAUGCCAAAGAAUAUAGCGAGUUUCAACGUCAACGUUUAAUCUGCGGCUGGAGCUCCUCCGAUGAGACGCUCGCUUUCUAUCGCGAAAAGCAAGAACAGAAACUGAAGUCUCUGUUUUGGAUCACGAUUUCCAGUCCCGAUGCUUCUUCUUCUUCUUCUUCUUCCACCACGUCUGAAUCCACAGACGCAGAGCCCACAGAAGAAACAGAAUCCAUCAUCCGCGCAGGCCACAUCUCAUUAGACGCCUACAAUGACCCCCCGCACGAUCCGGACCUAGUCGCAGCGGAUAAAUCCACGCUCGCGAUCCAAAAUUUUUUCCUCCUGCCGGAAUACCGCAAGCUCGGGCUAGGUCACGCGGCGAUGGAUCGGCUCGAGAGCCUGGCGCGGACAGAGCCGUACGGGAGUCCGAAUUGUCGGUUCUUGGCCCUGAGUACCCUCUCCAAACGGUAUAUUUAUCAGGAGGGUCCUGAGUGGAAGGGUCUGUGGGCAAAGUUUGGGGCUGAGGCUCCGACGUUUAGUGCUCAUGCUUGGUAUGAGACGAGGGGGUAUGAGUUGUUUAAGGAGGAGCCGAGGUAUCCGAUUACGAGUGAGGAUGGGGCUACUUCGGUGAAGUUGGUGUUGGCGUUUAUGAGGAAGAGGGUUGUUUAA